GGAGCGUAUUCCAAUGUGUCUAUUAGCUAUUAGUGUGUGUUUGGUGCGGCGUGGAAACUGGAAAGGUUAAAUCAGGAGAGAAAGUCAUGUUACUAAAAUAAGAUGCAGUUCCUUCUGUUUGAUUUUCCUAUUCACCUUGGGGGGGAAAAAGGCGGCCUUCAAUGUCAUUGGAGCCUUCUAAUGUCAUUGAUUAGAUCACAUUAAUUUUUAGACGUAUUUAAAAUGGCAAACAAAGUUAUUCUUGUCACUGGGGGAUCAGGGCUUGUUGGAAAAGCAAUUCAAGAGAUUGUGAAAACUGAAAAGAAGGCUGAUGAAACAUGGGUAUUCGCCAGUUCUAAAGAUGCGGAUUUAAGUAAUCUUAAUGAGACAAAAGCCCUUUUUGAGAAACACCACCCUACCCACGUGAUACAUCUUGCAGCAAUGGUUGGUGGUCUUUUUCACAAUAUGUCACACAACUUAGAUUUCUUGCGUAAGAAUAUACAUAUUAAUGAUAAUGUUUUGCAAACUAGUUUUGAAACUGGUGUAGUGAAGGUUGUCUCCUGUUUAUCAACAUGCAUAUUUCCUGAUAAAACCUCUUAUCCAAUAGAUGAGACGAUGAUUCACAAUGGACCUCCACAUCCAUCAAAUUUUGGUUAUAGCUAUGCCAAACGACUUAUAGAUAUUCAGAAUAAAGGCUACCAUGAACAGCAUGGCUGUUGCUAUACAUCUGUUGUACCUUGCAAUGUGUUUGGACCUCAUGAUAAUUUCAAAGUAGAGUCAAGCCAUGUAUUGCCAGCUUUAAUUCGGCGAAUGCAUGAAACUAUUCAAAAAGAUGAUUCAUCAAACGCUGUUUUUUCAGUGUAUGGAAGUGGAAAACCUCUCCGACAAUUCAUUUACUCCUUAGAUCUUGCUAAGUUGUUUCUGUGGGUACUAAGGGAAUACAACAGUGUGGAACCAAUUAUACUUUCAGUGGACGAAGCUGAUGAGGUGUCCAUAAGUGACGCUGCAAACCUUAUCGCCAAAGCUUUUGAAUUCAAAGGCCAACUGAAUUAUGAUACUAGUAAAGCUGAUGGACAAUACAAGAAGACUGCCAGCAAUGGGAAAUUGAGGUCAUUUCUUCCUGAUUUCAAAUUUACCCCUUUCUCGCUUGCUAUUCAAGAUACUGUGAAGUGGUUCAAAGAAAACCACAACACUGCCAGGCUUUGACCUCUGGUGUUGUGCAGCAUUUAUGCAGACAUCAUGAGCAAUGGAACACAUAUCCUUUGCAAUUAAUUAAUUAUGUGAAUCUCCUACAGAAUUCCAAAAAUAUAUUUUUCUCAUUGAAGUUGAGUAAGCAUUGUACAUUUCUGCUCAAAAACUGGUUGAGUACAUUCUGUCGCUUUUGGGAGAGCUUUUGUUGUAUUCUGUAUCAUGAAAAACUUUUGAGUGUGUAUUCUCGAAGAGAUAAAUCGAAUAUUGCUUAGUAAUAUUUCUAGGGAGUGAAAUGAAAAUAAUUUCUGGAAGAUUAAAGUUCAUUCAUUUUGGAUUUGGGGAGAAUAGAUUGAAUAUUGUUUUGUUGCUGUCAUUUCAUUUUAGGAUAAAGUUGGAAGUAUAGUGAAAACAGUUCUUACUCAAGCUUUUGUGUUUAUAAUGCAUGAAGAAGUCCUUUUUUACCAUAAGUCAUUGCAAUUAGGGAAUGUUUAUAUGGUAUACUCUUUGUGGCUACUGUUAGUGUUUAGUUUCAUUCUUCUUCCUUUCCUUUCCUCCUGUUGAGGUGCUGUUCAAUCAAUUCAGUCAAAAUGAAAUGAUUCUGUAAGAUAUUUAUCGAAGUGGUUUAGAAUUCCUGCAAAGUGGCUGUGAAAUGUUUUUCUUCAAGUUUUAUGUACCAUUAAGUUCAGCAUUCAAUGAAACUUUCAUUUACUGAAGCCUUUUAAAAAUAAAAUAAAAGUAAAAGUAAAUAAAAUAGAUGAAAAAGAAAUAAAAUGAAAAUAAAAGUAAAUUGUAUAUUAUUAAAAUUGUGUACUUUUUGCUAUUGAAAUUACUGAUCCCACAUUUAAGAUUUUUGCCCCAUUUAUGACAUUAAAUAGUGGUUUUAUUGUAUUGUAACAUGUUAGCUUUUUGCUAUGUAUGAUGUCAAAAUGUUGGCCCUUGCAGUAGGUAAAAGGAAGCCAUGAUGUUGUGUGCUGGAAAUAAGUAUUAUUGACAUUAAUGAGUGAAAGAAGGAUUGUAACUUUUAAAUGCAAAGAGCAGAACAGAUGUUAACUUUUGUUUCACCCAAUCAUGAAUUUUUGUGCAUAUGCCAUGGUUAAUAUUGAAAUAUGGAUAAUUCACAAAUUAGCAGAUUAAUUUUCACAUUAUCUAAUAAGGAUGGUUGAAGUAUUAAGUAGGAGCAGCUUUGAAGCAAGUUUAAAUUUGUCUGAAUGUUAUGCACAUUAGCUAAAAUGAGGUGGCUAAGGUAGGUGAAGUUACAGAGAUGAGGAAUAGCAAAAAUGUGAUGUUCAGGAAUUGGACUGCUGGUGGGAUGUUUCUAAAGUUAGGGAGAGAUAUUGUGUGCCAAAUGAAGUUCCUCUAUUGCAGAUGUAAACUCCUAUUUACACAAUAUCACCUAAUGAAACAUAAACUCACUAUAUACCUCCAAUGGUGCAUUUCCGAUUUGGGGCGAGAAGGCUCUGAUCUUUGUGUUUACAUAAAAGAACCGUGAAUCAGAGCAGUGUGCAGUCCUGCGGAGUUUAAUUUCCAGCACAAAAUUUUGCCAAAAUAGGUACUUUUUGUGGACCUACAUAAGGCUCACUCAAACAUUGAUCUUUCUUUAACCAGAGCCCUAUGGCUAAUGCCAACAUUAACUGGAUGAUAACUGAAAUGAUCCAGUCACUGAGAGUAAUAUAAGUUUUUCCAUACCAUCUGGAUAAUGUAUGAAUUAACUUACUAAUUCAGGAAUUAACCAUAUUUUGAACUUUAGCCAUAUCAUACACAUUCUUACUUCAAUAGUGGGAGAAUAAAGAAUUAAUGUGUUAUUUUCAGAUACCAUUAUUUUAGUAUAUAUAUUAUAGUAUGUAUAAGGCAAAGUAAAACACACACGUUUGUUGUUUAAUUAUUCUUGGUUUAGUUGUAGUAAAUUAAGCACGAUUUCUUUUUAAGUACUUGUGGAGUGCAAGGGCGAAAGCGAAACAUGAAUGUUGUAAGUCUGGCUGCUAAAACUGAGAGAUUCCAUGGUUUCUGGUGGGAAGUGUGCUUUAUUGUAUUGCUGUGAUAAAUAAAAUUUCAUACAUGCGUAGAAAUAAGUAUUCACUGUUCUUUAGUAUAGAUUUAUUAUUGUAGAUAGAAAGUGAGUGAUGUAGA